GGAAGGGAACCAUGUCAGCAAGUCGAAGUGUGUCUGUGACUAUUCCUGGACGACGAGGCGGCAGUGGUGCUGGUGCUGGUGCUGGUGCUGGUGUUGGUGCUGGUGGUGGUGGUGGAGAUGGUGCUGGUCGUGCUGCUGGUGGCACGGGAGUCGGGCAACAUGCAGGUGGUGAUGUUUUCACCGCAUCGACACCUCCGUCGUUUCAUGCAGAGUCUCCCUCGUUUUCAAUGUUGGGUGAUCCAAGGACUCAAGAGUCGUUUUCUUCCACUUGGGAAGCUCCCUUGGUGGUACGUUGCUCAUGGGGUGAUGAGAUGAGGAGGGGGCACCAUGCAACUGUUCACUAUGUGCCUGAUCACCAUGCGCCUGAUCACUAUGCGCCUGACAACCAUGUGCCUGUUCACUAUGCGCCUGACAACCAUGUGCCUGAUCACUAUGUGCCUGAUCACCAUGCGCCUGGUCACUAUGCGCCUGAUCACCAUGCGCCUGAUCACUAUGCGCCUGACAACCAUGCGCCUGAUCACUAUGUGCCUGAUCACUCGCAACGUGUUUGUGGCCUCGCCCAGCAUCGACAUGACGACGACAAAGCUGGUGAAGCACACGUUUGUGUGGAAGUACCCGUGCACCUCGGCGGUGCUGCGCGGAUCGUUCACCUCGCCGCCGUGGGCAGUCUCCAUCCCUCUCACCAUCACCGCAGACGGUGCAAAGGCCUCGGUCACAGUCCUCAUUCCUCCAGGCGAGCACACCUACAAGUUGGUCGUCGAUGACGAAUGGCACCUUAUCUCCUACCUUCCGAUCUGCGUCGGCUCGGACGGCAUCGUCAACAACCUCCUUGUUCUCGACGAAGCCGAAGCCGAACUCGCCGAUCCCUCCCGCCUGAAGGAGGAGAACGCUCGGAGAGAGGUGGAGCUCUUGGGAUCUAAUCUGCAGUCUGGAACUCCCGCAUCAAACCAGGCUCACGCAGGCGCCCUGGUCGGCUUGCAAGCACAGCUCCAUGCCAAGGACACGCUGCUCUCGCAGGAGCGAGAAAAGGUGCUCGAGCUCCGCAAGGCGCUCGAGGUGAGCAAGAACGAGGCUGAUGAGCUCCGCCGCCUGCAGUCGGUGCGGGAAGAGUCGGAGAAGGCCGCCGAGGUCCUCGAGCUGCAGCAUGUUAUCCUCGAGCUGCAGCACGAGAACGCCGAGCUGGAGCGGAUGCUUCACGCCUCGACUUCGGCUGUCCACAAAGAACUGGCCAAGCAGCAAGAUGCUCACGCGAGCGAGAAGGCCGAGCUGCUCGCCCAGCUCGACCACGCCAACCACUCAGCCGCCGAGGCCGAACGGUCCAUGGACCUCGACCGCGACUCGGAGCUCCGCAACGCCCACAAGGGCAUGGUCGAGGCCCAGUCCGAGGUCCGCGCGCUCACCCGCUCGCUCAACGACACCCGUGCGCUCCUCCGCGACUCUCAGGAGCGCAUCGCCGAGCUGGAGGACCAGCUGCGCAACCGCGAAGCUGCCAUCGACGGCCACGCCGAGCAGCUGUCGCGGCUCGCAGAUCACUCGUCGUCGACCGACGCCAAGCGACUGCGCGACAUUGUGUCCACCCUCGAGGCCGAGAAGCGAGGUCUGGAAGCCGUCGUCCGCGCUGGCUCGCACUACCGGUCAUCGCUGCCGGAUGCCCCGCUCCCGGCCAUGACCUCAGGCCCGGCGCGCGAGAGCCAGCCAAUUGACCCCAAUGCGGAUGCUGCCGUCCUGCUUGCGCAGCUGGAGAACGCCCGCGCGCAAAACGCCCAUCUCACUUUCCAGCUCGAGGAGUACGAGACCGAGAACGCCGAGCUCCGGGCGCUGCUGGCCGAGCUCAAGGCCAAGGCGCCUGGCGGCGCCCUCUUUAGCGACGAUCAGCCGCCGCCGGCCGACUCGGAGUCGGCUGAUGACCAGCCGUCGUUCAACGGCUCCGAGUCUAUCUUCAACUCGGUGGCGGCGGCGCUCAACGAGCAGUCGCUGGCCUUUGUGGACGACAGUGUCGGCGAUGGCGCCGCCCUCGACCGCGUCGUCGUCAACACGCCACAGCCCGGAGUCAUGUCGGUGGCGGCCUCGCCGGGCGCCUCGAUUUUCCGCGCCACCCCGUCGCCGCGUGGACAGCAGGGUGCGGCUUCAUCGGCGCGGUCCCGCCCGAGCUCGGGCUCACGAAUGCCGCUGGCGCCGUCGCCGCGCAGGCGGUCACCAUCGCCGACCCGCAAGCACGCGUCCAAGCUUGCGCCAACGCCGUCCGCUGCGAUCUUUGCCUCGCGAUCGCGGGCCAACUGGUGGCCGCAAAAAGAGCUUGACGCUCGGCUCUCGGCCUCGCGCCUCGCGCGGCGGGCUUGGAAGCCGCCCGGCCCCAAGCCGCCUGGCCCGAACGAGCCGUCCAUCACCACGGCGCACAAGCGCGACGAUGCCUAGCGGUGCAAGUCUGAACACAUGACGGUACGAAAUGAACAAUUUCGUCCAUCGCGCAAGCCGCGCGCUCUGCGACGCUCCACAGACGU